ACCUCUGAGUUAUCUUAAGAUAUACAUCCUUGUGAGUCCCGUCGCAUAAUGGUUGAGAUUUAGAGCGCCCGCACAAGCACCAGUGAUAAGUCUUUCCUGCUUCUAGGGUUAGCUUGAAUGGUUUUUUAUCAUACACAACACCAUUAUCCUUCUGAUUUGUAGCUGAAUAUACGGAUGCUAAUGGAUUCUGUGGAAUUUCCGGCUUGGGACUUUUAGUUGCAUAAUUGAGCUGUAAAUAUAUCAAAAUGCUAUACACAACAUUCACUUAUGAAUUAAUAACAAAUAUUAUGAACUUACUGCUCGAAGUGAAGUUGCUAAGAAUAGUUGAUACGGUUUUCUAAUAAACAUUUUUACUUCUGGAUUUGAUUCAACCAAUUUUUCCUUUCUCAGUUUAUUAUUGUAGCCCUUGUACUUCGUCCGUCACACACUAUCUCCCAUAGAAUCUCCGAAGUUAAAUUUGAUCAUGAUGCAUGCAUAUAUUGAAUUCAGUCAAUCUGUCAAGUGUCAAUGUCCAUCCAUUCACACUUUUUUUAUUAUGCCUGAGACUUUGGUACCUAGACCUUAUGCUUGGGCCACACUAAAGGGAAAUGCCAUCAAUAAUGGACAUUAAUCGUAGGUAAUUUGAUCACUUAACAAAUGGCUUAUGGUUUAUUUUUCUUUGUUUAAUAUCAUCAGUUAUCGCGAUAAUUAUUGGAAUUUCCCGUUAGUGUGGCCCAAGCAUUAGAGUAUGUCCUGUGUUUCAUUGCCAGCCCCGAGUACCUUUUUUGUAGAACGACACGAAAAAUAUAUACCAUAGUAUUUGAGUUUUCGAAUCGAGAACAUUUUCACAUCCCUAAUUGCCUACCUACACGCAAAUAGACGUGUGACAAUUUGACGUUAUGACUGACAUGGUUUUAGCUCACCUCACCUGAAGAAAACAAAAAAAAAAAAUAGGUAGCACCAGCACAACGGGAUAUGUUUCAGUUCCAUUUAACUUCAAUAUUUACAGUCGGAAUUUAAAUGGAGGCGUAUUUUUAAUUAUGUAGUAAAUGAUGUCGAGAAUCAGAGGAAUAGUUCAAAAAGAUACUUUGCAAGUAUCGAAGUAUAAACAUAAUGAAAUUCUCAAAAAGAAAAAUGAGGAUCAAUCCGUAAAUUCGAAAGAUGAGGUAGAAAAACAUCAAAUAAAUGAACUCUUACACAAAUUGCCAAGAUUGGACAAAAUAUUUGAGGUUCAUCGCAAGAUUGGCGAGGGUACAUUCAGCUCAGUAUACCUUGGUUCUCUACGCCAACACGCCUCCCUUCCUAAUGAACAGAAGCGAUGGUUUGCUAUCAAACAUCUAGUACCCACUGCACACCCAGCUAGAAUAGAACAUGAACUGCAAUGUCUACAGGAUAUUGGAGGCAAAGAGCAUGUCAUCGGAGUGGAGCUCUGUCUGCGGAAUUUGGAUACUAUAGUUUUUGUAAUGCCUUAUAUACCUCAUAGAAAGUUUUCAGAGUAUGUAGGAGAGAUGGACGCCGAGGAGCUGCGGCAGUACAUGCGAGCGCUGAUGGUGGCCUUGCGACAUGUACACUCGUUCGGGGUCAUCCACCGGGAUGUCAAACCCAGCAACUUCUUGUAUGAUCGAGACAACAAGCGAUAUUUGCUAGUCGAUUUCGGGCUAGCUCAGCGCCUUUGUCCUGCGCCUGAAGGAACCCCCAUGAUUGGUCCGCCUCCAGCACACUCUAAUGGCGUACGGAAACGGGUUCGUGAUGAGGAGGACGGGCCAGCUGCUAAGCGGAUAGCGCUCGACCUGAGUCUGGGCGCUCCGGCGGCGGCGGGAACUACGGCUACUGCGGCGGCAGGACCCAACGUCGCGGCGGUGCCAAAGACAGCGGCGAGUGGAUCCAGGCCGGUGGUGGCGUCACCCAGGCCGGGGACGGCGGGAUCCAGGUCCGGGUCAGCGGGAUCCAGGUCAGCGUCGGCGGGGAUCAAACCGGGGCGCUGCGCAUGCGCAGGCGUGGCGGGCGUGUGCAACCUGUGCUCGGUGCGCGGCGCGCCGCGGGCCGCGCGGGCCGGCACGCAGGGCUUCCGUCCGCCCGAGGUGCUGCUCAAGUACCCGCACCAGACCACGGCCGUCGACAACUGGGCGGCGGGGGUGGUGCUGGCCAGCGCGCUGACGGCGCGCUACCCCUUCUUCCGUGCAAGCGACGACGUAGCCGCCCUGGCCGAGCUCGCCGACCUCGUCGGCACUGAGCCCCUGCAACGCGCGGCCGCAUCACUCGGGCGGCGCGUGGUGACGUCAUGCUCGCGGCGCGGCGUGUGCCUGCGCGCGCUGGCGGCCCGCCUGCGCGGCGCCCCGCUGCAGCGCGCGCCCUGCGUCUGCCGCCGCGAGUACUGCCUCUGUCCAGACCGCAGCAAAAAGGCGGAGGAGUUCGACCCGCGGCGCAUCGUGGCGGGCUUCCCGGACGCGGCGUUCGCGCUGGCGGCGCGCCUGCUGGACCCCGACCCGCGCACGCGCAUCUCCGCGCACGACGCGCUCGCGCACCCCUUCCUGGCCGCCAGCGACUGACGUACCUUCCGUCCCGUCUUACCAUCAUGUUAUAUGUUCAACGUCAGCCCGGAACAAUCUCAUGCGAGCACCGCGCGGCGACGGGUAUAAUAUUUAUUCUUAUUUUUACAAGCACUGUGGUUGUGAGUUGACUACAUAUCGAUUAGUAUUAUUGCUGAGAGAUAUUAAAAAACGCGAUACGAAUUACUACUGCAGACCUUAUUUGCCGUACAACUGGAAGAGUUCCACGGCAGUAAGAGAUCUGUAAAGUUGAGGCGUACAAAGUGUAUAACGGAUAGUGCCUUCCGCGAGCGUCAGUAGCGCGCAGGUGUAUCUACGAGAGCCGCAUGUGACCGGCUAGUAGAUUUUAUUGUUGCUUAGUUGUAAUGGGGAUCUCAAAAGUAAACGUAAGUUUGAUAUCAAGUACAAAGUAGUAAUAAGAUGUGGCGCGCUACGUCGGACGCGGCGCGGUUUAGACAGAUAUCGGAUAGUAGGUACAACAGAAUAUUGUUAUUUACAUAUUUAGAAUUACAUUUUUUGUUUAACAGUCCAUUAUUGCCCCGCUUUAGCCACGGAACACAUAGAAUAGGUGAAGGUCUGCCUCUACACUCGCACGGUCGACCACUCCUCCUCAUUCUUCCAUCGACCGAGUUACACGAAAUGUUAUUAUAACUGGCCAGAAUACUUAAUUAAGUGUUUUGACCGUGAAAUGUUGUAUAGCCUUGGUCCCCAAGUUACAUCAAAAUUGGUUCUAUAGUUUCCAUAUGCUUAUAUCGAUUGGAUUGGAAAAUCGCGCUGCGUAUAUGCUCUUAAUUUACUUUUGUUUCAUUUGGAAACACAAAUAAUUAUCAAAAACUAAUUCUAUAUGUCAUGUUAAUCGAUCGAUGAAGUCAACACAUUAAAUAUUCGAUGCAGAUGUCUCAGAAAAUGUAUGUACUGGCAGUAUACAAUAAAAAUAACAAUAUUUUCUGUUAUUUAAAGAUUUUUAUCUGCAACAGGAGCGAAAUUGGUAUUUUUUAAAUUAAAAUAAUAUAAGUUACAUAUGUAAUGUUUACAUUCCUUGCAGGCUUGACAGUCAAGUACAGUCUAGGAUUCAAUUAACAGGAUAAACAAAAUAUUCUUAAUAUAAGUACUUAAGAUACAAGUGACAAGGAGGUGUGGUUACUCCCUAAAGUGCCACCUCUGCCAUAACCUGCAGGGAAACAAAGGGGUUGUGUUGCAUAAUAAAUGUAGGAAUAAUACAAUGGAAUAGUAGCAGGUAACUUCUAGAUCUUUUACAUUUGAUUAGAGUAUUGGUAAUUUUAUAUAAGAAACCAAAUAGAACUUCAGCAUAUUUGUGUAUUUACGUAUGGGGGGUCGUCUGUAUUCUGUGUUCCGUGGCUUUAUUAAUGGAUGAAAAUGUUUACCUUUACAUGUGCCUUUAAUGUGUUCAGAAGAAUAUUUGUUAUGUUACCUCAUUGUAAACAGACUCUGUAAUAAAGAGAAUGAACCAA